CACGCACAGAGCUCACAUUUGCAAGUUGCUCUUUAGCUUACUGUAGAAAGCUAGUUCAAUUGUCAGAGUGCCGGGGCGCUGAUGUAGUCAAACGGCAGAGAAGUUGGAGGUGCCUCGUUCUUCCAGAACUUCCCUGGAAUAACAUUUUUUGAUAAAUAUUGGCGUCGAAAAGCUCUACAUAUCGACAUAUAUUUCUCACUUUCCCGCCACAUCACAAGGAAGGGUAUAUCAGGAGCCAUUAUAACGUAAGCCUCAGCAAGUAGGAGGAGCACUGGAUGAAGCAGACGGCAGCGGUGGUGUUUUUAACUUUCGGGUUGGCGGAGGCGCUGGUUGAAAAGUGUGGUCAAUAUCCGACAAGGAUCACAGCUUUGGACAACAGCACAUGUAUAUCGAGCGUCUACUGGGGACCAAUUGAAGGCUACGCACCGGACCGUCCUGAGAAACCGGAAAAUUGCACGUCAACGGUGGAGGUUAUGCUGAAUUGCACCUGCCAUAACGGCGACACCGUGUCCGGGCGGCGAUAUUGUCUCCAGCACAACAUUACGAGGACGCAGGAUGACAAUACAGCAAACAUUACUGUGGGAUUGUGUGGCGAUAGAAAAUGCCAUCUUUAUCACUACAGUGCACAUUUCGAAGUGGACUUGAGGGACCUGCAACUAGCUCAUAUCCUGAAGGUGUUUCCGAAACCUCCUUGCAUCGCUCUUAACAUGAGCGUCACAGGACAGUUUCAGGCAGUGGCUGGUUGCGAAUUCUAUUGCUAUAAACGGGAGAACAAGGACAUCGAUGACGGACGGCCCUGCGUGCUAGAAUGGUACGAAAGACGUUUCACAGGUAAACCUGUUGUCACGCUGACUGGUUCAUGCGAGAAAGGAAUAUGCAGGCAAGCAGAACAGUAUUCGAGCAGCUUAGCAGGCGAAUGUUAUGAUUACGACCGCUACAAGAGAAACUCUAAGGUUGUUGAAAAAUGCACAUACAGGUGUCAUGGAAAACAUCCACAUGAAAAACAUCGUCCCAACGGACUAACAUGUCUGUUUCGGAAAACAAACAUUUUUAGCAGAGACGAAUUAGGCGCAUGUAAUGCCGGUGCUUGCUCAAAAGUUCGUCAAGUGGAUGGAUGUGACAUGCUGUUUUACCCGUUCAGGAAAACAUCACCGAUUUAUGUUGUUAAAGAAUGUUUCUGUAAAAAAGGAAGAGAAACAACGCCGUUGCAAGAUGGAAUAUUGUGUGCGUUAAGACGUGCCUUAAGUUGGACUGGCAUGAAGUUGCAAGAAGUCGGAGUGUGCAAGAGAGGCCAAUGUACACCGCAUCCGCCAGACCGACCACUACCGCACAAGUUUAAGAAGAAGGAGUGCAAGAUAAGCGAUGUGCAAGUGUCUUCUCAGCUUGUUGUGGCAGCUGGUUGUGGAGCUACAUGCAGACGUUAUGAGACUGAACAUCGACCGAAUGGAACACUGUGUCUUCUGGAAUACAAGCGGCAAGAAAAACUUAUAGGUCGAUCGAAGAAGACGUACACAAUUGGUGUCUGCUUCUACGGGAAAUGCUAUCGAACUAAAAACAGUUGGGACAUUCAACUAUAGCAUUCGCUUUAUUUGAAAUGUAUGUGUUGACACUGUCUUCGGAGUAUUCAGGCAGUGAAAGAUAACAGGCCAUAAAUCAGGCACAUCAAGCAAACGGGACUCCUGGCGCCCUCGCUCUUCGACUGCCGCAAUGUGGAUAGACCAUGUAAAAACAAAUUUAUUACAAAACACAAAUGUUAAUUAGGAUUUGUUUUAUAUACAAAAAUAAACAUCUUCAAAAGAACCUCGGAAAGCGUCAACUAUGUACUAAUAAAGUCUAUAUU